AUGUUUGAGAACAAAUCCUUUACGUUCUUGGUGGCUGUGAUUGGCCUCCUCUGGUUCACUCGUCCCGCUGCUGCUUUCGGUGCGGGUAACAUCGCGAGCAUCUCCAAGGUCGAGGGCCAGAACUGGCGCCAUGGAGACAUCGAGGAUGCUCUGUUGAAGAUUGCCAUGGCACAAGCCUUUGGCGGCAAGAAGUUCAACAAGCUCAACGUCUCCCGAGUUUACUUCGGAAACUGGCUCAGGGAUUACUCCCAGGCCAUCGACGUCGGUACCGUCAAGGCGGUCUCGGCCGAAGCUAUCCGACUUCUCCUCUGCGUCCUCGGCUUCAUGACCUUCGGCUUCGGAUCCAAGGAGUUUGAAGUUACUGCCGACCGCCUCGGUUGCUAUCGCCCCGAAGAACAUAUUGAUAACCCCAAAAAUUAUGCCGACAAUGUGGACGCUCGUAACUAUCACAGAGCUCUUCGUGGCCCUGUAGACGAGGGAGUCGAGCUCGCCAUCGACCCAGACACUGGUAUGAAGAACUACAUCGCUAACGAGCGCAUCGGUAUCACUACCUCGGCCGGUCUUGUUCGGGAUCUCCUUACCCGCUGUGUCCGUCUUGGCAGGAGCUACGCUCGUAGCGGAGACAAGACUGAGCGCAACGAGUCCUUCCGCCUCAUGGGAACUGCGCUUCACUGCCUUGAAGACUUCUUUGCCCACAGCAACUAUAUCGAGUUGGCCCUCAUCGAGCUAGGCGAGCGGGAUGUCUUCCCCCAUGUUGGUCGAAACACUCAGAUCAAUAUCCGCGGUGCUCGCGGCUCUGUCUAUCCAAUUGUCACUGGUACUUUUGGAGGUGUUGACUUCCUCCACUCCGUCACUGGUGAAGUUUCUGACAAGCUCACUCAAAACGAAAUUGAGGAGCUUGAGGGAACCUUGCAGCAGAGCUCCACAGCUGACACCAGCAUUCUUCGAAACCUGCUUGAUAAGAUUCCUGACGACCUUUUUGGCGGUCAGCAUCAGAGUAGCAAGGUCGAUGAGCUGCAACAAAAUGCUACCACGGCGCAAAUGCAGAACCUGCAGGUAUCUCCAAAGGACCCCGAGGAGUACACUGUUUACGUGCAGAAUAUCUUCCGUCAGAUCAUGCCGGUUAUCGAAUGGCACGAUGGUCUGAUGAAGGAUAUCUCCAACGCCACAGACAAAAUCCCAGUCUUACCCAAGAUUCUCGAACAACUGGAGGAGCAACUCUCCAUGUUCAUCUUCUCUCUCAUUGCUCCUUUCAUCAUCCCCAUUAUCCAUCAGAUCGGAGCCGAACUCAAGACUGGAUCUGAGGAGAUCAUCCAAAGCAGCGUGAAUGAGCAGCACAUUGUCUUUGACGACUCCCGCUCCACCGAUCCCACCCACUCCAUGCUGUCAAAGGACCACUUCUCCAACAUUCUUAAUGAAGUUGCUGGCCGAGCCGCCGCCUACACUGUCAGCUGGGUUGUUCCCCAGGUCAUGGCGGCGAUCGACGAUGAGAGCGUUAACGUGAAUGAGAUGAUUGACCGCAUCGUCGAGGGUAUCCUCCACCACCCAGCGCAGCGGGAGAUGGCUCAAGGUGGCGCGCGCGAGGGUAGAAGCAUCAUAUUCCGUUGCGUUGAGGAGUGGUGGAAUGAGCAAGGCCGCCGACAGGACGAAUAUCGACAGAAGCUAUCUCGAGAGGGUGUCCAAAACGGAGAGAACCAUAAGGAGGGCGUCCAAGACACCGGCCACGGCCACGGCUGCGCUGGAAAGCUCAAGAUGCGCAAGCAGUUCGGCGAACCCGAGACCUGGGAGGAUAAGGUUGCCGGAAAAGCCGCCGAUGCCAUCCUAUCCGGUGCCUCUGGUGCCUUCUCUAACAUCAUUCAGCAGCAGACUGGUGUCAAGAUCCCCAGCUACCAACCCCCCCAGCCUAAGGAAGAGGAUAGCGGCAUUGGUGGCCUGCUAGGAGCCGCCAGCUCAUUCCUUGGCAUUGGUGGAAGUGGCUCGUCUUCUCGUCGACAGGAGGACGACCAGGGCUACACGCAGACGCAAUCGAGCUACCAGAGCGGCGAUAGCGGCUACGUGGCAUCCCAGACGACGCAGCGUUACGAUAACGAUGGCGGCUACGGUCGAUCCGAGACCACUGAGCGAUAUGACAGCGGUGGAGGCUAUACGCAGAGCCACUCAAGCCAGCGAUACGAUAGUGGCGGCGGCUACCAGCAGUCUCAGUCGAGCAGCUAUUAUCAGUCUUUCUCCUCGUCGGGGGGGAGAGACGAUGACGGCGAUAACCGCCGAGGGGGUGAUUAUGGUGGUGGCUACGGUGGUGGCCGGCGCAAUGACGGCGACGACGACCGCCGAGGCGGUGGCUAUGGUGGUGGUUAUGGUGGUCGACGUGAUGACGAUGACGACCGCCGAGGUGGUGGCUAUGGUGGUCAACGUGACGAUGAUGACGACCGCCGCGGAGGCGGCUAUGGACGUCGUCAGGAGCAGUCGUAUGGUGGUGACUCGUAUGGUGGUGAUUCGUAUGGUGGUGACUCGUAUGGUGGACGCCAGGAAGGAGGCUACGGCGGACGUCAAGAGGGCGGCUAUGGCGGGGGCGGCUACCAGAGAGGGGGCUACGAACAGGAAUCUUACGGUGGGCGGCGUGAGGGCGGAGGAGGUUAUCGUGGCCGAGACGACGAUUCCGAUGACAAUGAGCGCCACGGACACCGCCGGCAACAUCACAGCCGAAGCAAUGAUUCCGAUGACGAUGACAACCACGGCCACCGGCAGCAUCACGGCAGGGGGUGUAGGGAAGUGGGCGAUUUAGGAGAGCCCGGGCCAGACGCUGAAGACGUGGAGCUUGAAGACGAUGGUGGAGAGGAACGCGAUACCGAGGAGGACGGGGAGGGAGUUGGUGAAGAAGUAGAGGCGGAAGAGGCAGGACCAGAGGAGGAGGUAAUCGAAGAAGCAGAGGAGGAAGAAGAAGAAGAAGAAGAGGAAGUCGAGGACGAGGAGGUUGAAGCAGAAGCUGAGGAAAUAGAGGACGAGGAGGAACAAAAAGAGGAUGAGGAAGAGGAGGCGGAAGCGGAAGAGGAAGAGGAAGAGGAAGAGGAGCCCGAAGAGGAAGCGGAGGAGGAGAGUGAGGAGCGACGUUGGUGGUAG